AGGCGAAGGCUGCUUUGGGUAGUUUUCACAUGCUGGGCUCUGCGGCUGCGGGUCGCUGUGUGCUCGGAGCGCGGCGAGGACGAAGGGAGGCCCGGAGGCCACGGGGAUGGAGGCUCGUGUGGCUGCAGCACCGGCCGGGCAAGCGGUGGCGAAGCAGCUGCGCAGAAAUAUUCCCUGGAGGCCAAUGUGCCCCCGCAGCCAAACGACGGGUUGGGCAGCGCGCAGUCGAAAGAUGAGGGCAGGCAGAUGGCCUCUAUUCCUGCUGGAGUGUUUACAAUGGGAACUGAUGAGCCAGCUAUACGACAAGAUGGUGAAUGGCCUGCAAGGAGAGUCCAUAUCCACCAUUUCUACAUGGAUCGCUAUGAAGUCAGCAAUGCAGAAUAUGAGAAGUUUGUGAAUGCCACUGGAUAUCUGACAGAGGCUGAAAGAUUUGGAGAUUCCUUUGUAUUUGAAGGCAUGUUGAGUGAACAAGUGAAGAGUGGAAUUCAUCAGGCUGUUGCAGUUGCUCCUUGGUGGUUGCCUGUUAAAGGAGCUAACUGGAGGCACCCGGAAGGUCCUGAUUCUGAUAUCUCAAACAGAAUGGACCAUCCAGUUCUUCAUGUAUCUUGGAAUGACGCUGUAGCAUUUUGCACUUGGGCAGGAAAACGGCUGCCAACAGAGGCUGAAUGGGAAUAUAGUUGCCGAGGGGGUCUUGAGAAUAGACUUUUUCCCUGGGGAAACAAGCUUCAUCCAGGCGGUCAGCACUAUGUUAAUAUCUGGCAGGGAGAAUUCCCAAGGAACAAUACAGGAGAAGAUGGAUACAAAGGAACUGCCCCUGUAGCAGCAUUUCCUCCAAAUGGUUAUGGCUUGUACAAUAUUGUUGGAAAUGCCUGGGAAUGGACAUCAGAUUGGUGGGAUGUUCAUCAUUCUUCAGAUGAAACAUACAACCCGAAAGGACCCCCAAAGGGAACUGACCGAGUGAAGAAAGGUGGAUCCUACAUGUGCCAUAAGUCCUACUGCUACAGGUAUCGAUGUGCAGCCCGAAGCCAAAAUACGCCUGACAGCUCUGCCUCGAAUCUGGGAUUUCGCUGUGCUGCUGACACUCUGCCUGACUACUUAAAGUGAGGAAGCUGAUGGCUUGGGAGGACUGAGAAAUCUCACCGUGGGUGUAAAGAGGAAAAUGUCUCUCAAGUAUCGGGUCUUACUGAAAAAGGUGAAAAUGGAAAUUCUGGACGUUUCAGCCAACAACUUUCUUUCUGAAUAAAAUAUCUCGGAAGAAAAUAACCUAGAUUUCCAUUUAAUUUGUAUAUAUGGAAAUUGUUAAUAUUUAGGCUACUAAAUUUUUCUAUAUUUAAAACAAAUACAGACCAUAAGAUGUUUGUUUUGUUUUUUAAUAAAGGGAAAGCUUAUUUAAUAAAGGGAAAGCUUGUUUUUUUAAUAAAGGGAAAGCUAUGCCUUCAAUUGCCUAGAUUUUUUUUUUUUUACAGAGGCAGUUAGGAAGUAAAUAUUGGUAUUUUUCUUUUAAUUAAGGACUGGUUUUAUUUCAUAUAUAUGGAAAUUAAUUAAAAUAUUUCAUGAAUGAAGGAAAAAAUACAGAGAUCCUACUGAACCAAAGAGAGUUAAGUCCCUCCGAAAUCAAUGAGUACUUAACUUAUGACUGUCAGAUUUGGCUGAUUUCAGUGGUACUUAACUGCAGUUAACUUUCUCUGGCCUAACUUGAAUGUGUAUCUUCUCCUUUCCUUCUUAAGGGUAUAAUCAAAUGCAUACUGCAUGGCCUGAACAUCAAUCAACUCCCCUGCUCUUAAAAAAUUUUGUUUACUAUUUUGCCUGAUGAAGAAUUCUGGAGUCCUUAAAAGCUUGCAUAAUAUUUUGAGCAGUCAAACAAAGAUACUGUAUCAUUACAUAUUUUUGAAUGUUGUUUGGUUGGGAGGCUACCAUGGGUCUUCAAUUUUUGUUUGAUCUGAAGAAUACUAAAUGUAGCCAUUCAGUAGCAGGAUUCUAAACUAGAAAAAGAUUAUCAUGUUCCCCUGAAGUUGGAUUUUAUUGGAGGGCAUAUCCCCUCCAGCUAUUAGGUAAAACUGCCCUGUUUGGCUUCCAUUGACUUUUACCAUCUGGUAAACCAUCUCAAAUUAUCUUCAGUUUUGUUCAUAUUCUCUUUAAAAUGCAAAACUGUCUAGUUUGAUUUUGCUUCUGUUUCUGUUUUCUGUUGUGAUGUAUGAAUGCAGUCAUACAACAAAUACUGGCUUGUCAGCCACAAACAACUGAGAAAGAGAACCCAUGGUUUGUUGUUGAAUUGUGAACUCUGGGUGGUUAAAAAUGGGUUGUCAUUAUGUGGUUUGCACAUGUAUAGAUUGACUACAGAUGCAGCAGGCUACAGAGGUGGUGGGCAAGAGUGGAAAAUCAAAGAAGAGUAUCUAGUCUACAAACCAAUAAUGCAGACAUUUUUUACUGGAUUUUAGAUUCCUAAACAUGGGAUAUCAACUUUUCUUAGUUUCUUCUUUCCAGCAAGAACUGGUGACUUUGGGCCACUUACAGACUCUCAGCUCAACCUAUUUAACAGGGGUGAUGUUGUGGGAAUAAGACUGAGAGCAGGAGGAGAAUGAUGUAAGCCACUUUGAGCUCUUUGUAAUAAAAAAGGUGGGAUAUAAAUCUAAUCAACCAAAGAACUCUUGGGAGGUCUUAGGAUCGGUCUGAAACUAUCUGUAACCCUGGGUUUGAAAAACUUUAUUCUCCUCCUUCCACUUUCCAACUUAACCAAAAGUAAAUUCCAUGAUUUGAACAUUUUUUCUCCUCCCACUCUUUGCUUUGUUUACCACUUUGCCCAAUCAAGAAUUCUGGAAAGCCUGCACAGUAUUUUGUCACCAUGAAUUGCCUUAAUUAAAGGUAUUAAAA